UCUGCCCCGGACACUUCUAACAAGCAUGUCACAGCCCUCAACCCAAAGGGCAUCAAGCCAUGCUGCGCCUGUCCAGAGACCAAGAUGCCGAGAGACGACUGCUUCCUCAAGUACGGGCACGACGGGGAUGAAAGCUGGAGGUGCAAGGACCUCGUAGAAGAGCACAGAAAGUGCAUGGCCAGCCUCGGAUUCAAGAUCUGA